GUUCACAGCGGGACCUAAUGUAACUAGCGGAACCUAUCAUCUGAUCAUCUGUACAUGUUUAGCGAGACCUUCUAAUAUUUGAGGAGAUGAGGUGGGAUUUCGCUGUACUUUGCGACCGCCCUCGUACAGUUUGUUUUCCCGGGUUGAAAGGCUCACCUCCAGGCUCGGAAUGUCUGUUAAAAUCAGAUAUUUAUUAGUAGGUUUAGCCACUUUGGCUUGUCACUAUCAGUCCGUCGUGGCUGCAGCGGACACGGCGGGUACUAGUACUACUACUAUUGCCUCUGCAUACACGGUCCCUGGAGCGUUCCCAACUUCUCUCUACUCUCAUUACUACAACAAUCCAACGGCCACCUCUGCGCAGCCGCAACCAGUCAUUUCAGAUCCUGUCACGCAUGAAAUCUUUCCAUUUUCCCUCACAGACCCGCAUAACAUUUCUCAGUAUGACACGGCGGAUCCCCAUCUGCUUCCGUCCCCAGCGUCCUCCCAAAAGCUUCUUCAACAAGCGGUGGCGCAGAUCAAGUCUAUUGCGGUGAAUCCCAUGUUUAGUACAUGUGCACGGUGCCAGGCCUCCUUAGAAGUAGCCAAAUUCCUUGCUCUCGCGGCCCCUGAGCAAGGGCCCACUCUUGCUCUGACGCUCUGCGAGUACUUCAAUUAUUCAUCGUCAUGCAAUAAAAGUUAUGGCCCCCUUGUCCUGGGACCGAUCCUUACUCAAGUUGUAUCUUUCGCCGACGUUGGAGGAUACGACGGACAGUCAAUUUGCUCUCAGUUCCUUGGUUUAUGUCCAGCACCUCCUAACCCGCUUCCCCCUCCAAAGCAGCCCAGUGGCAAACUGCUGAAAGUCCUGCAUCUUUCGGACCUGCAUAUUGAUCCCCGUUAUGCGAACGGCGCGGAAGCAAACUGCACCAGUGGUUUUCCUCAGACACCUCUCCUUCCUGCACCACGAUACGGCUCGUUCCACUGUGAUUCUCCAUAUUCAUUGAUCACAUCCGUGCUAGAGGCCAUCCCACCGUUGACCGGAACGGAAUCAACUGGCUUCGACUUUACUAUGUUUACUGGCGAUAUGUUAGCACAUGACCCAGAAAACCAGCAGUCCAGAGCUUUCAACGAGUAUUCUGAGGUCGUCCUCUAUGAUCUGUUCAAGCGCAUGCUCGGACCUGGUCCUACAUAUGCCACACUCGGAAACCACGAUACCUGUCUGCCAGAUCUAGCUUCGCCUUCCUCACUAGGUGGUGAUCUGGGACAACAGUUCAGCUGGCUAUACGAUCACGUUACGGCGUUAUGGGAGCAGGAGGGAUGGCUCCCAGAGGCUUCUGUCGAGUUUUCGCGUGCUCACUAUGCAGCAUACAUGGUCAAGCGUGCAGACGGCCUGAGAGUGAUCAGCCUGGACACCAACCUAUGUACGUCAAACUACUUUAAUUACAUCAACUCAUCCGAACCGGACGUUUCUGGAAUACUGAGGUUCCUUACUGAUGAACUGCAAGACGCAGAAGAUGCGGGGGAUCGAGUCUGGAUCAUCGGCCACGUCGUCAGCGGCUGGGAUGGUGGAAAUUCGUUGCCGAACCCCACCAAUCUCUCUAACAUGCCCAGUGUUGAUCGCUUUUCCCCUCAUGUUAUUGCCAACAUCUUCUGGGGUCACACACAUGAGGACCAGCUAUCCAUCUUCUAUGCCAAUAAUGGUACGGAUAUGAACGUUGAGACUGCUCAGAUGGUAUCCUGGACUGGACCGUCUGUGACUCCCCUCACCAACCUGAACUCCGGGUUCCGUGUUUAUGAAGUCGACUCUGCUACUUUUGAAGUGAUCGACGCCUAUACGUCAGUUGUUUCCGGAUUGUUGUCAUCAGCUAACCUUUUGCUUACAAUUUACUGCAGUUGGAAGAGCUCCGUCGAUGAGUAUCCUGCACUAGAUUCACAGACUCAAUCCGGCCCUACAUUCGCUUUCGAGUAUAACACUCGUGAAGCAUAUGGAGGAAAUAUUACCUGGGGAGCGACCGACCCUUUGAACGCGACCUGGUGGCAUCUUACUUUCAAUACAUACCAGGGCAAGGGCUCGAUACUUACUCCGCCAUGCACCGGUGAAUGUAUUCCUGCUAGGAUCUGCUACAUUCCGUAGUGGCUCUACUAGCAUUGCCAAGCAGAACUGCGUGUCAGGUUAUGGAUCAGUGCAGUAGGCUACCUCAAUACCCGUCAUUGUUAUAGAUGGUUUGCAAGUGGACACGUUUAAGUAGUGUUCUAUAGUCAGAUAUCAAUCCAACCUUAACUUUCAUACAGUCAAGAACCCCCGUUAACACCCACGAUUAACAAAACCAACAGCUAAUGAC